UGAGAAGCAGCGGUGACCACAGAAGUGGAGAGAUGGCCUCCUGCAGCAUCCAGCCUCCCUUCAAGAACCCAAUUGUCCCCUUCUCAGGGGUCAUCCAAGGGGGCCUCCAGGACGGACUUCAGAUCACUGUCAAUGGCAUUGUUCUUCAGUCCAGUGAAACCAGGUUUGCUGUGAACCUUCAGAGCGGUUUCAGUGGCCAUGACAUUGCCUUCCACUUUAACCCUCGGUUUGAAGAGGGCGGGUAUGUGGUCUGUAACACGAAGCAGAAAGGAUGCUGGGGGCAGGAGGAGAGGAAGCUGCAAAUGCCCUUCCAGAAGGGGAAUCCCUUUGAGCUCUGCGUCCUGGUGCAGAGCUCCAACUUCCAGGUGACGGUGAAUGGAAACUUCUAUACACAGUACACACACCGUGUGCCUUUUCACUUCGUGGACACCAUCUCUGUCUCCGGCGCUGUGGGGCUGACCCACAUCAGCUUCCAGAACACCCGUGCAGUCCCUAUCCAGCCUGCCUUCUCCGGGAUGCAAUUCUCCCAGCCUGCCCGUUUCCCAUCCAAGCCCAAGGGGCGCAAACCAAAACCUCCAAGUUACUGGCAGGCCACCUCAUCGCCCAUGAUCCAAUCGUGCGUCUUCCCGAUGCAGAGCGCCCCUGGACAAAUGGUCCCUAAUCCCGUAAUCCCACCGGUGGCGUUCUCCAGCCCCACCUACCCGAUGCCUUUCUUCACCAGCAUCCCUGGUGGGCUGUACCCCUCCAAGAGCAUCACCGUGUCAGGCACUGUCCUGCCUGGAGCUCAAAGGUUCCACAUCAACCUGCGCUCUGGGAGUGACAUCGCCUUCCACCUGAAUCCCCGUUUUGAUGAGAACACCGUGGUCCGCAACACAAAGAUCAACAACAUUUGGGGGGCUGAGGAGCGCAGCCUGCCCCGAAAAAUGCCCUUCGUCCAAGGCCAGAGCUUCUUGGUGUGGAUCUUGUGUGAAGGUCCCUACCUCAAGGUGGCCGUGGACGGCUAUCACCUGUUUGACUACUACCACCGCCUGACCAACCUGCCCUCCAUCAACAACCUGGAAGUGGCCGGCGAUGUCCAGCUGACGCACGUGCAGACAUAGGCGGGAUCCCGGCCCUGGAACUCGGCCUGGAGCACGUUACUGUCUUGAUCUGCUCUUUGCCUCCACUUGCCUGUCCCUGCCCCAGCCCCAGCCCCUCCCAGCCCACCGAGGGUCUGGGCCUUUUCCGGAGAGACCAGGUCCUUGUCUGGCCUGCUUCUGCUGCAGCCAUCCUGGCGUGGAGAAGGCGGCUGGCUGGGGCUGCCUUCCUCUGUCUGAGCAGCGCCUGGGGCUCCAGCUGCCCAAAUCCUACCAUCGAGGAGAGGGGUGGUCUGUGCAGGCUGAAGCCCAUGUUCAGUCCGCUUGGCAGAAAGGGAGCAUCCUGGGCCUUCCCACG